GCAGUAUCUAUAGGGUCCAUAGUCCACUGAUAUAUCGUACGACUCAUGAAAGGAAUACAUACAGCCUAGUAGACAUUUUCUCUAAUGUUAUGAUAAAUAUACAUCAUGAACAAACAUCGAAAUUUAGAACGAUGUUUGCUUUGGAUUCUUUUUCUACCAACCUAUGUAUAUACUUUGAGUACAAAACGUCCGAAUGUCGUGAUUUUUUAUGCUGAUGAUCUUGGCUAUGGCGAUAUUGAGCCGUAUGGACAUCCAACUUCUUCUACGCCAAACCUUCGGCGACUAGCAGCAGGCGGACUGGUUCUAACACAAUUUUACUCUGCUGCCGCAGUAUGUAGUCCAUCAAGAGCUGCAUUGCUGACUGGCCGAUACCAGAUGCGUUCUGGAAUUUACCCGGGUGUCUUCAAUGUUAAAAUGCCUGGAGGUCUUCCACUCAAUGAGGUUACUAUAGCCGAAAUGUUAAAACCGGAAGGGUACAGAUCAGCAGCAAUAGGAAAGUGGCAUCUCGGACUCGGAAACAACUCGAUGUAUCUUCCACCUAGUCAUGGAUUCGAUGUGUCAUUGGGAUUGCCAGCUUCUCCUGCUCAGUGCCGUUGCUCUAUUUGCUUUUAUCCGAAUGUAACCUGUCAUUCGGCGCCUUGUGCCGCCAAUGAAUAUACACCUUGUGCACUAUUCAAUGGUACUAAAAUAGUUGAACAACCGGUUGAUCUGCUGACAUUGGAUGAAAAAUAUGUGGCGGAGGGUAGGCAUUUCAUCAGAGAGAAUGUCAAGUCUGAGACACCCUUUUUCCUGUACUAUGCUUCACAUCAUACACAUAAACCUCAGUAUGCAGGAAAGGAAACAUCAAAUACAUCAAUAAGGGGACGAUUUGGAGACUCACUAGCUGCUUUGGAUUGGGAGGUUGGGCAGAUCUACCAAGAACUGGAGGAAAAUGGCAUCUUGGAUGAUACGUUCUUCUUCUUUUCUGCUGACAAUGGACCGAGUCUUUCUUUAGAAACAUUCGGAGGAAACGCAGGACUAAUGAAGUGUGGAAAGGGAACAACUUAUGAGGGUGGCAUGAGGGUACCAGCCAUCAUAUAUUGGCCAGGACGAAUCACACCGGGUAGAUCGUUUGAAUUCUCCAGCACCCUUGAUAUACUUCCAACUAUUGCCUCCAUAACUAAAGCUAAGCUACCAGCUGUUACUCUGGAUGGUUAUGAUAUGUCACCAUUCCUGUUUGAUGGCAUGCACAGUCUCAGAGAAUCUUUUUUCUAUUAUCCCCCGUCCGUCAGCACUAAAUACAAGUCAUUCGCAGUAAGGUACAGGCAGUACAAAGUCGUAUUUUAUACCAAAGGAUCUAAUCUCUCCAAUGAUGAGAACAAGGAUGUGGACUGUCGAGGAUCUGCCAAACUUACCUAUCACGAUCCCCCCAUGCUGUUUGAUCUUGAACAAGACCCAUCGGAAAGUUACAACCUGUCGAUCAAACUUUCUCCUGAAAAAGACAUCGUCCAAAAGGUUACAGAAAUGAGAACAGACUUUGAUGCUAGAAUGGUAUUUGCAGAGUCUCAAAUGCGGAGGCCAAAGGAUGAUAAUCUGAUGCCGUGUUGCAAUCGAGGAUGUAUCCCUUUCCCAACAUGCUGUCACUGCACUGGUAACACUCCUCGUGAAGGACGAUGGGCGACACUUUAUCCAGUUUGAUGUAAUCCUACCCCCCCCCCCUCCGAAAAACUCUCAUCUUUCUACGUAUUUUGGUCUGACGCAGCCAAGGUUUGAAUUCCCGACCUCCCGGUUGUGAGACGGACGCUCUACCAACUUAUUAGCCAACACCCCACUUAAAAUAUUAGUAAAUGAGAGAUCAAGCAUAUUCACAAUCCAAUGUGUUUUGCUUUUAUGUCUGAAUGGACUGUAGCCCCAUGUGGCACGUUCUUCUUAUUUCAAUUUUUAUUUAAUAUUUUUUAUGGUAUUGUUUGUAUGUGAACAUCUUGCAUUUGCCUAUAUUUUUGUGUAAAGAUAUUGAAUAAAAAUCAUA